AAUGAAUUAACUGAAUGUAGUUUUGAAACUACUGAUAAUACUAUUAAUUUAACAGAAAGUAUGUCAACUGAGCCAAUAGUUGAACUAACAAAUACUAGCGAAAAAACUCUUAUACAAGUAUUAGAUCAGACUAAAAUUACUGAAAAGUUGUUCAGAAUUAUAACUAAUAAUGCAUUUUCGAUGUUAGCUGCAGAGCGAGAACUUAAAUUAGUAUCACUAAUUAUAAAAAAUGUUCGAGAUUUUGUAACAAAAAUUCAGCAUUCAACAAGAUUAAAUGAGUCUUUAAAAACAAUUUAUAAACUUGAAAAUAAGCCUGAAUUAAAAUCUAAUUUAGAUAUAGAGACACAGUGGAAUAAUAAUGAUUGGCUAGUAGUAAAUAGUUUAAUUCAAUUACUUGAACUAUUUUUUAUAGCAACUAAAAUAUUAUCAAUUUCAAUGUAUCCUACUAUAAGUAAUGAAUAUAUUGACGAACCAACAGCAAUUGAAUUAUAUAAAAAUGAUACUCAAUUAACUAAUAUAAAUUUAUGGUCAAGAGAAAACAAAUGGUUAUUUUUUGAAUCUUUAAUUUCUGAACAAAAUUCUGAACAAAUAACUGUUGAAGAUGAAAUUACUUAA